AUUUUGCAGACCGAUAUAAGUAGCAUCUUUAGCAUGUUAAGAAGUUAAUAAAUACUUUGGAUGUUGUGCAAGUUCCCGUUUCAUAUUAGCUGCAUUUUGUUCUCUGGACAUUAGUAAUGUCUGAUUAUGACUACUAUGAUGACGACGGUGAAACCGUCAUUUAUUACGUACCUUCGAUCGUUGCGUUUGUAGUUUUAUUUGCGUCAAUGAUAGGGCUCAUUUGUUACAUAAAAUGGAAGAAAAAGAAAGGAAUGAAUAUUCAACCGGUUGGGCAAACAGGCACAAAUUUCAACAGAAGAACACAAGGCCAUCAUGGUCAGUUUGGUGUAUGCCAUGAUGGUCAGCCCAGAUAUUGGCAAACUGGAAAUAGACAGUCCGGGAAUAAUCUAAACGGAUUUGUGCCUUCAUCUGGUCUCGGACAAUCACAAACAGGAUUAAAUCAGUACAAUCAAUAUGGACCACAGCUUGGCGGUAACUUUACCUACCAGCCUCCGCCAUCUUCUGGAUAUUAGUUCAUCAAAAGUAUUUCUAUACAUAGUGAUGCAUAUUAAAAUUACAAUGAACAUCUAAAAUUUGGGAAGAAAACUAUUUUUGGUGUUUUUUUUUAUGUCUUUGAGACUGGAUGCCAAUAUGCAACUGUUACUAUAUUCAUCCUCUCUGUCCUAUUUGGCAUGUGACACUUGAAUAGUCAUGAUUGAAUUACUGAUUAAGUACAAAAAGGUCAUUUACUUUCUCAAUGAUUUGUAAAUCAGUUGUUGAUUACACAUUGUUAACCUUAAUAUAUAUAUAUAGAUACCCGAAGAAAAAAAAAUGUGUGUAAUUUUUAAUUUUUUACCCUGCAACUACCUAUUGUAUUGACCUAAUAAAGGUAACCUAA